AUGGCGUCAACUUUCCCAGACCUACCCAUCUUCCGAGCGAUCGCAAGCCAUGAUCCCAAAAGUACUGCUAUAAUACAUUCAAGAUCAGAAAGAAGAUUCACAUAUGGCGAGCUACUCAAAGAUGUUGAAGGCGCCAAGGUCACCCUGUACAACCAAUUGAAGUCCGCGUCGGCCGAGGGCGAAUCAAGAGGAGGUCAAAGGGUCGCUUUCCUAGUGGAAAAUGGCUACGAUUAUGUAGUGACCCUCCUUUCCAUACUGGCAUGCGACAGCAUCGCCGUUCCACUUUCCUCAGGCUUCCCAGCGAGCGAGCUCAGGUACAUACUGGAGAACAGCGAGGCGGUGACACUACUUUCAUCCGGGAAGUUUCAAGAGAAGGCGGAAGAAGUCCUCAAGGAGGGCCUAGAGCACCUACCAAGAAAGCCAGUCCUCAAUGUCGUCGAGAAGAGGCUUACUGGCAAUGGGGAAGAUGAGGUCCAGCUGGUGCCCUUACCCCUGACCAAAGGCGGCAUGAUGCUGUACACUUCAGGAACGACCAGUCGUCCGAAAGGCGUCCUUCUUCCGGAAAAGGUCCUCACAGCCCAAGCCGAAUCACUCCACAAAGCCUGGCAAUACACCUCACGCGAUCACCUUCUCCACGUCCUCCCCCUUCAUCAUAUCCAUGGCACCGUCAACGCCCUCCUCACACCCCUCUUUGCCGGCUCAACUAUCGAAUUCAUGUUCCCUUUCAACGUCGAUGCGGUCUGGGAGCGCCUAGCCGCGCCGUUCAUGCCAGACAAGAACAAGAAACCCAUCACGUUCCUGACAGUUGUCCCUACAAUAUACAAUCGCUUCCUCUCCUCAUUCGACAAGCUCGCCGUACCUUUGCAGGAAGCUGUUAAGAAGGCUUUAUUGCCGGAGAAUCUACGCCUCAACAUCUCUGGAUCCGCGGCACUACCAACGCCUACGAAGAAGUCGUGGACAGAGUUAAGCGGCGGCAACGUCUUGCUUGAGCGCUAUGGCAUGACUGAAGUUGGUAUGGCUUUGAGCUGUGGUUUGGACUUCCGGGACCGAGUGGACGGCAGCGUUGGAUGGCCGUUACCCUCCGUCCAAGUCCGACUAGUGGACAGCGAAACCAAUGAGGUCGUCCCCCUCGGCCAUGAAGUUGACGAGAACGGAAAAGGAACAGAAGGAGAGAUACAACUCCGAGGUCCUACUGUCUUCGAAGAAUACUGGCGCAACGAGAAGGCGACUUCGGAAGAGUUUGUGGCAUCAGAUGAUGGUGGCGGCAAAUGGUUCAAGACUGGCGACAUUGCGACGAGGAAAAUCGUGGAUGGUGCGGGGCAAAGUGGACAGGACUGGGCGAAGGGCCCGAUGUAUUUCAUACGAGGGAGGAAGAGCACGGAUAUUAUUAAGAGUGGUGGAGAGAAGGUCAGCGCUUUGGAGAUUGAGAGGGAGCUUUUGUCAUUACCUCAGAUCUCCGAGGCUGCCGUUGUUGGCGUCGCCUCAGAACAAUGGGGCCAGAAAGUAGCAGCAGUUGUCGUCCUCGAGCCAGCACACGCCCAGACUGGGAAAGGAGGCAAGACUUGGGGUGUCAUGGACAUGCGAAGAGCGCUGAAGGACAAGCUGGCUAAUUACAAGAUACCACAGGAGUUAAAGGCGGUAGAAGAGUUGCCUAAAAAUGCCAUGGGCAAGAUCAAUAAGAAAAGCCUGGUCAAAGAGAUAUUUGGAGAUCAAGCUUGA